AUGUCAGCUGUUCUGCAGGAGACAAUCUCACAACUAAAGCAUUUGGUCAUAACCCAUAUUCAGCAGUUGAAUUAUGAUUCUGCGGAGUUCUUUUCCGAGUUGUUGUAUGCAGACUGCUCCUGCAUUAACAACGACAACAGCACGGGAGGGAGCGGCUCAGAAGAGAGCCAGAACCGGUUAGACUCGAUGUAUUAUUAUGCUUUGGCUUUGUAUUUACAGGGGGACUACCAUUCUGCUAUUCAUGUGAUAAAAGAUUCACUAAGAUCUCAUCUAGGUUGUGCUUACAUCUACGCGAGAUGCUGCUUGAAACUUGGAAACCAUUACCAAGAGGCUAUUCAAUCGUUACUCAUGUUGCAGGAUUAUUGGCAGAAUGGCGUUGUUAACAAUACCGAGCUUUACAUGUAUCCUGACAAAGCAACGAUACUUUCUGUUUUAGGGCAACUAUCGUUAAAGUCACACCAAGAUAAAGAAUCUGUAAAUUUCCUCUCACAAUCGCUAUCGACCAACAGCUACCAAUUGGAACCACUUUCCAUUUUAUUUGAAAUCAGGGCAGAUCUUCAAACUGUCAAGUUGUUCAAGCCUGUUAAGAAGUCCUGGAAAUCUAAGCACUUGAGGACUUCAAACAUCAUAUCUAAACCUCAAACUCCGUUUAAAAUACCGUCGCGCUUGACCACUUCCACUGUUGCAGCGGCUCCUAACCCUUUACUCUCGACCUCCAAUGUGAUAGUUUCUACAUCGCCAUCUAUGAUGAGACGUUCCAAGUUUUUGAAUUCAAGUGGUAAUUCUCACAACCCUACUUCGAAUAAUAACAACAGCAACGCGAAUAACAGUAAUAUUAAUAAUUCUUUGACGACAACAGCUAGUUCUACUGCUACUGCUAAUAAUAAUAAUAAUAAUAACGUCCAACAGUCUACCCCCCCUUCAAAAUUACUGAGUAUUGAUAAUAAUAACACUGCUAGUGCUACUCACCCUAACACUAACACAAAUACUAACAAUAAAGCAACCCCUGAAAACAAAACUUUCACAUCACAAGUUCAAAUUCUUUCACACAAUCAGCAAGUGCAUAAACCUUUAGACCAAUUGAUGUACUGGAUGAUGAAAGCUUACAAAUCCUAUUAUAGAUACGAUUCCUAUAGGGCUAUUAGAUUAUUGAACGAACAGAUUCCGAUACAUAUUUUGCAAUCGAUGCCUUGGUGUUUAUCAUUGUUGUCUCGCUUACACUUUGAAAUUCAAAAUCAUGACAUGGCUCUUUCGUAUUUUAAUAAGUUACGUCGUUUGCAACCUACUAGGUUAAAAGACAUGGACAUUUAUUCUACCCUUUUAUGGCAUUUGCAUGACAAGAUCCGUUUAGCUAACUUAUGCCAUGAGCUAAUGGCACAGGAUGACAAGCACGCUAUAACGUGGUGUUGUUUAGGAAAUUUAUUUUCCUUGAAUAGAGAUCAUGAUGAAGCGAUUAAGGCAUUGAAGAAGGCUACAAGUCUAAAUCCCCAGUUUGCAUAUGCAUAUACUUUGCAAGGUCAUGAGUAUUCCAAUAAUGACGCUUUCGACAACGCAAAAAUGUGUUACCGAAAGGCAUUGGCAAUCAAUCCAAACCAUUACAAUGCCCAUUAUGGUUUAGGUAUGUCGUGUAUUAAGUUGGGCCAAUAUGAUGAGGCUUUACUCCAUUUUGAAAAGGCUCGUUCAAUUAACCCUGUAAAUGUGAUACUGAACUGUUGUUGUGGCGUUGCCCUUGAAAGGUUAGGUCGCCGUGAAAAAGCUCUUGACUUUUACCAAUUAGCAUGUGAAUUACAACCAAACUCGUCAUUAGCAUUAUUUAAGAAAUCUCAACUUUUAUUCAACUUGGGUCAAUAUAGUAAUGCACUACAAAAUUUUGAGAAACUAGAGAAGUUGACCCCCAACGAGGCACCAGUUCACUUCUUAUUAGGACAAUUGUAUCAAAUAGUUGGAAGAAAGAAGGAUGCAAUAACACAAUUCACAAUUGCUAUGAAUUUGGAUCCAAAGGGUAUCCAAUUAAUUAAGGAGGCAUUAGAAAAAUGUCAUGAGCAAGGAUGA